UCAGCUCGCCUAACACUCGCCCGGCGCCUGGGUGAGGUUGAGUGUGUUCUCCCGCUGCUCCUGUUGCAGGAGUCACAUAUCGCGGUGCACUCUGUGGUUGAUGUUCACUUCGGCAGCCACACUUGGUGAGGUGCUGGUGCUUCUCUCCACGCUUUUGUGGCCGAAGGAACUGGAUUUGUUCUUCACAGUGAAAGCAAUCAUAGUGAUAGAAAUUGCAAAUAAACAGCAGCGCACUUAAGAGCGCUAAGAGGCGGCAAGACACAACAGCGGCCACACCCUCGCCGCGAUGUGAACAAGUGCCCCAGUGUUUGUUUACAUAGUAAAAUAAAGCUUAACAUUUAAUAAGAAAGAAAGAAAGAAAGAGUGUGUGCUUGGUAGAUCUGAAUCACACGUCCUGUGAGGUGAAGCAAAGGCGAGCCAAACUUGCUGACGUCCGCCUGCUGCUAGUGUGAAGAAGAAGAAAAAAGAAGAAAAAAAAAAACAUUACCUAGGACAAAUCUGGGCUAACUUUUUUUUUUUUUCAGUGGAGCAAAAAUAAAUGCGUUGACGGGACGUGUGAGGCGCAGAUCGUCCCAGGCACGCCGUCAUGCCACUUAGCCUCGCGAAGACAUGACGGCUUCCUCACGCCUGAAUUGAGACCACAAGGAAAAAAAUAAAUAAAAAGACGUGAGAGAAAGAAAUAUAAAUUAUAUAUGAAAAAUUAAAAAGUAAAUUCAUUCUCUAUAGUAAGAUAAGGAAAAACAUACAGUUGGCGUGUAGAGGAGAGGCAGCAAGUGAGGCAGGUGAGCGUGGCGGCACAACAGGUGAGAUGAAGCGAAGAAGGUUCCGCUGCGACCCGCCUCCCGCUGCCUCGCCGCACUCAUGACGGGCUGAGGUACGCGGAACGGCAUCACCAGUUCCUCGUAGAAACAAAAAGGAGAAUAAAUAUGUCAGGAAACGUGAAAAUAUUACGCGUAAAGACUGAAUUAUAUAUCCCUCCAAGCACAGCACAUUUCUUGGCUUGAAGGAGGCAGACUGUGACAGUAAUCGCCCAGUUAACUAGCCGCGGCGGCACGCAUUGGGCAAACUCGCUUCGGCGUUGAUUAUUUCCUGCCCUUCGUCACUGGUAGGUUAUCUCUUAACUUGCUCGUCGUGUGAUGAAGAGCUAGUUUAGUUAUUGAUAUAAGAGGGAAAUUUCGCAUGGUAUUAGUGUAGAAGUUCCCUUGUAAAAUACUCUAUCACUCUCCGUGACUGUUUGUGUCUGUUAGUGGCAAGAGAACUGUGCUAUAAGAAACAUUGGUACGUGAAUUGUGUCAGCAAGUCCUGCCUCCUUUACUUGAUGGUGACCCAAGGGAACAUCAGAGAGUGUUGCCGCCUGUGAGGUACGCUAUGGUGCAGUCAGUGGGAGGCAGCAACACCCUGUCUCCGGGCCACGACUUUUCCAUUGCCCACGUGUCCCGCCAUCACCUCCACCAAUACUACCGCACGCAGAGUCAUCCCACCAGAGGACCUGCUGCCAUGGAGGGUCUCAGCGGCUCUCCUGAAGGCGAUGGUGACAGCGAGGGCAGCGUGCGAGGAGGAGUAGAAGGGAAAAACAAUAAAAGCGGUCCCUGGACUCAGACGCCGCGGGAAAACGCAGAAUCUGAGGCUAACGGAGAUGAAGGUGGUGAGGGAAGCCCGGUCAUUCGUCUGUUGGUGCUUGGAGGACACGCCGUCGGAAAAUCAGACAUCAUCUACAGACACACUCUUCACAUUGACGAUUUUCAAGUGGAUCUGGAAAUCGUUGACAUCUCCUCAAGGCCAGGGGACAACACUCUGCCCACCAUGGAGAUUUGCCAGUGCGACUGUUACUUGGUGGUGUACAGUGUAGCUGAGAGAGACACAUUCCUCACCGCAAACCAGCUGCUUCACGCCAUCUUCAAGCUGCGCCCACACUCCCCUCGACCUCCCAUCACACUUCUCGGAAACAAGCAGGAUCUGGAGCAUUCCAGACAGGUCAGUCCAGAGGAAGGCGCCACUACAUCCACUGUGUUCGGCUGCGACUUCGCUGAAGUGUCUGUAGCGGAGACCAGCGAGGACAUCGUUCCUGUCUUCACCUCCCUCAUCAGGCGGGCCCGAGAGGCUGCCUGCUUGUGUCCAGCCUCCCUGACCUCGCCCCUCAACAGAAUGCGCUCACCUUUACCUGCGUUGUGCCGGCACGUCGACGGCAGGACAUGUAGGCUUUGCUUUUACAAAGGGAAGGAAUUGAAGGACUGGGGUAGUAUGCGCAGUGGCGGGCCCAGCAGGACAUGGAGCGAUAUUGAUGGACGAGUGGGUGUGCCAGCCACAGAGGAGGAAAACAUGAAUAUAAAAAAUUGCCGAAACAAAAAACAAGUGUCCAGGUCGUUAAGUUCUCCUCUUCAAAACACGAAAAGUUUGUCUUCCCAAAAUUUGAUCAAAGAAUCACCUGAGUCUCAAUUGUGUUCACGGGUGUCCCAAACUCCACAAACGAAGGAAGAAAAUGCAACACCUCAACCGGAUAGUAUUUUAUCUGCAAGAAAAGAAACCAGUGCCAAGAAUAUCGAAGCUCCAUCCGGACACGCCCCGCUCGCUAGAUCUUUCAGUUCUCCAGACGGAUGGAGUGAGGGGGAGCUGGACGGUGAGGAUUUCUCCCACUCCAGCUCCAAAUUAAUCAGAAAUUCUCCAGACAUUUUCGCGCAAAUAAAGCUACAGCCUACGACUUUACCACUGUUUACGAGAGGAAGGUCCUUUAUAAUGGACUCAGUAAGGACGGAGCGAAGCCAUGAGUGUCAAUGUGGAAUCCAGAAGCGCACACGAUCCUUCAAAAGCAGCGGCAAGGUGGAGAUCGUUACACUGAAGAAGGCUGAGAACAAACAAUGCAACAAAGAGGGCACAGCCAAACUUCCCCUCGGAGGAGCCGCCUACCACGAGAACUCGCCAUCCAAAAUAUUCACCAAUAAACUCUUGAAGCGCGAAAACGGCAUCAACCAAAGAGACAGACUUGAGGAAAAACAGCCCUCCACGCUCUCCCUCCCAGCGGCGUCCAGAACUCCUCGCUCUCCAAGGUGGCUUCCCCUGGACAGCCUGGACGCCUCGGUAGAGGACGGGUGCAACUUGCCCAACAGCAGCCGCCAGAGGAAGUUUUCAGUAUUUGGGGUUGGCAGGGCGCUUGGGAAUUUCUUGUCCAAAGGCUCUCUGCCCGACCUUCCUCGUGCCACUGCUAACAUCUGCGACAAAUUUGGAUCCUUAAAGAAGACGAUUAAGAAGCGUUCAGUGUGAAGCGGCUCCGCGGUUCAAGCACUGCCAUGUUCUGUGAUAUUUUGUAGUGACGAUCCUGUACCACAGUGGCCACGCUGGCGAUGAUGUGUCAGCGCAGUGCCCAAGAGGUUGUGUGUUCAGCAUGACACGGUCCAGGACUGAGGUGAAGCAAAUUUAUCUUCCUAUCACAAUCUGGUUUGCCGAAAUCAAAACCACCACAACCAUCACCACACAAAAUGUUUGCCUUUAUAUCUGAGUAUCACACACGUGCUUACUUGCUGCCGCAACUGGCUAUGGUUUCCAACAAAAACCGAUUAAAAUUUAGAGCAGUGGUGAUGCCAGUGAGCAUGACGAUCGGGAGUAUCGCAACACGCAUCGCUGAGUCACGAAAAUGAUGAUAGACAGUUGAGAGGAGCGUUAUGGAGAGUCAUGCCUAUAUUCCCAUUUCAAUCGCACCAACAAAGGUGUAUAUUGUUUUCUAUUAUCGUAUCCAGCUACAACAAUCAAACAGAAUAAACAAAUUCACUUCUAAUAAUAAUUUGGUAUCAAAUAUUAUUUAUCAUCCUGCAACUUCAGAAAAAAAAUAAUUAUACUAUUCAUGCAAUCUGUCUAUAAAUGACUAGUUUUGAAAGACGAAAAAAUAAAGCUUUCGGUGUUAUAUACAGAAAAGGAUAAAUAUAAAGCGAUAACAGGAUGCCCCGCACGAAGAGCCGGCAGAGAGAGCGCAAAGGCAAAUACCUCUCCUCAUGACAGCCACUAUUAUAAAUAAUUAGAAGAUGCUCCUGACGGAAAUCCUAACAGUGCAACCUAUAAAGAGCAAGUUAUGCAAAUGUUUAGUGGACUCUGCAUAUCAGUGUGUUCCGACAAUUGGCUCUCACCAGGUUAAGCUCCCAUAACAUGAAUCCCUUGGUGGUGGUAGUAGUGGUGGUGGUGAAGCCAAGCACGCCGUCCUCAGUGCACCAGUGCCUCAUUCCUGACCUCCACCAACAAGAAAGAAGUUGUGUUCAAUAUCGCUAAAUUGGCUCAGUUCUUAGGCAUCAAGAGUCUGAUCGCCCGUGAGUGGAAAAGGCUCAUCGAUGGCGGCUGACAAGCGAGCCAGCGGGCAGCGCGGUUCAGAAGAGCAACUCUCAAGUCUUGUGAGCUCAAUCAUUGAAAGCAAAGGACCAGCCAUGAAUACACAAAGCGCAGCUUGCAUUCACUUGUAUGUACAUAACUGUGUGUGUGUGUGUGUGUGUGUGUGUGUGUGUGUGUGUGUGUGUGUGUGUGUGUGUGUGUGUGUGUGUGUGUGUGUGUGUGUGUGUGU